ACCGCGCAUGCGCAACUCCUCCCCCCAGCAGCCCUUGCGGUCGAAGCUCGCCUCCGAGUCCUCUCUGGCAGCAGGUUUCAAGAUGGCGGACCGACCUGGGUUCUCUUUUCUAGUACCUGUCAGAGAUUUGAAGCUUCUGGAUGUGAAACUGGGGCAGCUACCAGGCUGGUUGGCAACACGAGAUUACACCCCUACAGGGAUUUUUCUAGGUCUCCGACGAGGUCAUGACCGAUUUGUCAAGAAGUAUAUUGAUGUGAAGAAAACCAGCUUUGCUGGGAUAGCCAUAAUGCUAACUAGCUACGUGGUCCUGAGUUACGUUUGGAACUACCAGCAUCUUAAGCAUGAUCGCAUGAGGAAGUAUCACUGAGACUCAAUGGACCAGAAGACAACCAAGUUACUGAUUAGUGAAGAGUCCUGGGAGAUCUCUUUAGCUGAAGGCUUCUUAGCCCUUAAAUACUAAACUAUCUUCUGGAAUUGCAAAUGUAUUGUGACCAAUAAAAUGCUCACUGUCCAUGUGAA